AUGGGUGUAGUAAACAAAAUAUUCACAAGUGUCUCGGAAAUAUACAACAGUGUGAAUCCAAUCACACUUUCCGGCGUGAAUGACGUCAUUGUAAUCAAGAAGCAGGAUGGAUCGUACAAGUGUAGUCCAUUCCAGCUCAGAUUCAGCAAAAUGCAGUUUCUGAACAGCAGGAGCCAGGUAGUCCAUCUGCUCAUUAAUGGACGGAUGACAGACGUGAACAUGACAAUCACGCCACAAGGAGACCUCUAUUUUGAGGAGUCUGUUGAUUUUGACGUCUCUUAUUUGAGUAAGGAGCAAUAUGACGAGUCUCUGGUACUUUCGAUCAUGGAAAAUGCAUUCUUUGAUACAGAUCCAUGUAAAGAAGAGCAAUCAAAGAGUCAAACUCAGUCACAUUGCGAUACAAAGGCAGAAGAAAACAAAAUUUACCUGAAUCCUGGCUUUUCUCAAAGUGCCCAGUUUAUGGGCAGCAAGGAGGAAGCUGUAAGCAGCAAGGGAAACCUUCUGGUGGUCGACAAGACCAAUAAGCGAUUUGCACUACACAAUUACCUCUCUGCUGCCGAUAUCCUCGACUGGAAGCGACAAAGGAUGCUCAAUCUCAGAAGGAGAAUCUACUCGAAAAAUAUCCAUUUUAAGGCAAAUUACGAAAACUACUACGAUUUGAGCAUGCUCUACGAGAAGUUCAGUUACCUGCUUCCAUCAACUGAACACUGUGAGUUCCUGAUAAACAAGCACCACGAGCUCCUUCUGCUUCUUGAGGCAGUCUACGAAAACAGGCCUGGAACCACCUUUCAGUUUAGCAAGUCCCACUACGUCCGAAUUGAGAACGGAAAGCCGCAUGCCACCUUCUCCAAAUACGUCACAAGGAAGAUCGAGGAUGCGGAGUCGCUUAUUGUUCUUCUCCAGGACGAUAGAACUUCCUUCUUUCUCACCUAUGUCCAGUUUUGUACAGUCUUCUUUGAAGUCAAAAUGAGCAGAAACAGGCGGAAGCACCUGUUGGACAUUUUGGAGCAGAUGCACAAUGAGAGUCUCGGAUGGAACCUGUUUGGAAGCAGAAAGCCCGUUAAACGAGACAUUCAGUUCACGCUCUUUCUGAACUCAGAGGAGUUGAAAGGCCUUCACCUGAAAAAAGGCAAAAAUGAGGCAGUUUUCAAAAUAGGCGGAAUUGAUGAACAACUUGAAUCGUACAUUUAUCUAUGGGAGGAGACAGACAAGUUAGUGGUCUCAGACAUCGAUGGAACUAUCACGAAAUCAGACGUAUGGGGACUGAUUAGUGGAUAUAUUGGAACAGAUUGGACACAUGUUGGUGUAGCACCACUCUUUUCGAAGAUAGUUGAAAAUGGCUACAAAAUCAUCUACCUUUCUUCAAGGUCACUGGGACAGUCUCAUACAACCAGGGAGUAUCUGGAGAAGGUGGAGCAGGACAGUCAUCGUCUACCAGAUGGACCAAUUCUGCUGAAUCCAGAUGGUCUCAUGGGUGCACUUUACAGGGAGGUUAUUGCCAAAAAAGCAGGUGAAUUCAAAGUGGCCGUGUUAAGGGCAAUUAAGGAAUUGUUUGAUCCAAAAUGUAGGGAAGGCGUAUUUGUUGCUGGAUUCGGCAAUAAGCUCUCUGACGUGGUCUCGUACACGACACUGAACAUACCCAAGACGCGAAUAUACACAAUAAACCCAAAAGGGCAGAUUCAUUCAGAAUAUUCAGCAUCACUGAUUGGAUCGUAUGUUACGCUGAAUGAGUUCAUCGACACAAUAUUCCCAGCAAUUGAUGAGAGCGAGGAAUUCAGCACCACAAACCUCUUCAAUGAGUUCAACUACUGGCUCUAG